AAAGAUCCAAGUGAAUGGGAGUUCCCUCCUCCUGUGUUUUGGGCUUUGCUGCUCCAGUCCUCUGCCAGCAUUGUUUGAUGUCAUCUGAGUGUGCUCUGUACCACUACCCAGGCAGGAGGUAGAUGCUUUAGCUUUGCCUAGAAACAUUCCUGGGGUAAACAAUGGCUGCUGAGAACGCCUGGUGGAGAGGUGGAAUCACUGGCAGCACCCUGCCUGAUGCUGAAGGACCAGCCCCACAUGAGUGUGAUGCUGCUGCUGCUCUCACCUGCUGCCAGAAGGGGAGCUCCACAGGUGUUUCCCAUUUCCAGCAGGUCUCGGCUCCCUGGGGCAGCGCUGCGGAGGCACCUGCGAGCGGUGGUCUCCCCGUUCCCAAGGGAAGGGAGGCGGAGCAGAGCGGGGCCGGCCCGGGACAGAGGCAGCGUGAGCCCUCCUCACAGGCGGGGGCAACGAGCCCCCUCGCACCGGCCAUGAAAUCAGUCAUGUCCAGCACCUUUCCGUCCUGCCUUCGCCUCUCCCGUCGCCCGCGCCCCGGCAGCGCCGUCCGCAAGGUGGGAUGGAUUACAGAGUCCCCGGUGCUGUCAGCAAUGGUGAAAUGGUGCCCACACACCCUGGCAUGGAAAAGGAGAAGGAGGAAGAAGAGGAGGAGGACCAGACUCUGGAGCGUGGUCAAUGGAACAACAAGCUGGAGUAUGUCCUGUCUGUGGCUGGGGAGAUCAUUGGCCUGGGAAAUGUCUGGCGCUUCCCCUACCUCUGCUACAAGAACGGGGGAGGUGCCUUCUUCAUCCCCUACCUCAUCUUCCUCUUCACCUGUGGGAUCCCCCUGUUCUUCCUGGAGACGGCGCUGGGGCAGUUCACGAGCCAGGGAGGGGUGACUGCCUGGCGCAGGAUCUGCCCCCUCUUUGAAGGAAUUGGCUACGCCUCACAGGUCAUCGUCGUACUGCUCAACUUCUACUACAUCAUUGUGCUGGCCUGGGCCUUGUUUUAUCUCUUCAGUUCGUUCACCAUUGACCUCCCCUGGGGCAGCUGUGACCACGAGUGGAACACAGGGAACUGCAUGGAGCUUCAGAAGGCGAACUCAACCUUCAACGUGACCAGUGAAAACGCCACAUCCCCAGUCAUCGAGUUCUGGGAGAGGCGAGUGCUAAAGAUUUCUGAUGGCAUCCAGCACCUGGGUGGUCUCCGCUGGGAGCUGGCUCUGUGUCUCUUGCUGGCUUGGAUCAUCUGCUACUUCUGCAUUUGGAAAGGGGUCAAAUCCACGGGCAAGGUGGUAUAUUUCACUGCCACGUUCCCAUACGUCAUGCUGAUUGUUCUGCUGAUCAGGGGAGUCUCCUUACCUGGGGCAUCCCAGGGAAUCCUCUUUUACCUUUAUCCAGACAUCAGUCGCCUUGGAGAUCCUCAGGUCUGGAUGGAUGCAGGCACUCAAAUCUUCUUUUCGUAUGCAAUUUGUCUGGGAUGCCUGACAGCUCUGGGCAGCUAUAACAAAUACCAUAACAACUGCUACAGGGACUGUGUGGCCCUGUGCUUCCUCAACAGUGGCACCAGCUUUGUGGCUGGCUUUGCCAUCUUCUCCAUCCUGGGCUUCAUGGCAGAGGAGCAGGGUGUGCCCAUCGCCAACGUGGCUGAGUCAGGGCCUGGCCUAGCAUUCAUCGCCUACCCUCGGGCUGUGGUCAUGCUGCCCUUCUCCCCACUCUGGGCGUGCUUCUUCUUCCUGAUGGUUGUCUUGCUGGGACUGGACAGCCAGUUUGUCUGCGUGGAGAGUCUUGUGACAGCUCUUGUGGACAUGUACCCCACCAUCUUCCGCAAGAAGAACCGCCGGGAAACCCUCAUCCUGGUGGUCUCCAUCCUCUCAUAUCUGGUUGGCUUGGUGAUGCUCACAGAGGGUGGGAUGUAUGUCUUCCAGCUCUUUGAUUACUAUGCUGCCAGUGGCAUGUGUCUGCUCUUUGUGGCCAUCUUUGAGACUCUCUGCAUCGCCUGGGUCUAUGGUGCUGAGCGUUUCUAUGGUAACAUUGAAGAUAUGAUCGGCUACCGGCCGUGGCCCAUCAUCAAAUACUGCUGGCUUUUCAUCACCCCUGCUGUUUGCAUGGCAACCUUCCUAUUUUCUUUGGUCAAGUACACCCCGUUGACUUACAACAAGAAAUAUGUGUACCCAUGGUGGGGAGACACGCUGGGAUGGCUGCUGGCCCUCUCCUCCUGGUCUGCAUCCCUCUCUGGAUCGUCUACAAACUCUCCACCAUCAAAGGCUCACUCAGAGAGUCAGUGGAUUCCCUGCCUGGACUCCAGUGGGACGGGAAAGGAUAGGACGGGAGGGGCUUGCCUGGGAGAGACCUGCGCUGGGUUCAGAGCCAUGACAAGAGCCCUAUCCAGGGAAGGAGAACCCAAUGGGGCCACCACAUCUCCUGAAGAGAUAAAAGUGGAGGAAAUGGAAGACAGAGGCCAGUGGCGGAACAAAAUGGAGUUUGUGCUGUCUGUGGCUGGAGAGAUCAUUGGCUUGGGUAACGUGUGGAGGUUCCCAUACCUCUGCUACAAGAAUGGUGGUGGAGCCUUCCUCAUCCCUUACCUCAUCUUCCUCUUCACCUGUGGGAUCCCCCUGUUCUUCCUGGAGACGGCGCUGGGGCAGUUCACGAGCCAGGGAGGGGUGACUGCCUGGAGGAAGAUCUGUCCCAUCUUUGAAGGAAUUGGAUAUGCCUCCCAAGUCAUUGUAGGAUAUCUGAAUAUCUACUACAUAAUCAUCUUGUCCUGGGCACUCUUCUACCUGUUCAGCUCCUUCACUUCAGUGCUACCGUGGGCCAGCUGCAAUAACCCCUGGAACUCAGAUCUCUGUGUGGACAUUCUGAAUAGAUCCAGCCUGGACAACAGGACCUUGCCUGCGAACGCCACCUCCUCAAUGAUUGAGUUUUGGGAGAAGCGAGUGCUGGGGCUCACGGAUGGUAUUCACAAACUGGGCACUGUGCGCUGGGAGCUGGCUCUGUGUCUCCUGCUGGCGUGGAUCAUCUGCUACUUCUGCAUCUGGAAAGGGGUCAAGUCCACAGGCAAAGUCGUUUACUUCACUGCCACCUUCCCAUAUGUGAUGCUCCUCAUCCUGCUGGUUCGAGGGGUCAUGCUGCCAGGGGCUGCUGAGGGGAUCAUUUUCUACCUGAAGCCAGACAUCUCCAGGCUGGCAGACCCACAGGUCUGGAUGGAUGCAGGCACUCAAAUCCUCUUCUCUUAUGCCAUCUGUGAGGGGUGCCUGACAGCUCUGGGCAGCUACAACAAAUACACCAAUAACUGUUACAGGGACUGCAUCCUGCUCUGCUCCCUGAACAGUGCCACCAGCUUUGUUGCUGGCUUUGCCAUUUUCUCUGUGCUGGGCUUCAUGGCUCGAGAGCAGGGAGUGCCUAUUUCAGAAGUGGCUGAAUCAGGUCCUGGCCUGGCUUUCAUAGCGUAUCCAACAGCAGUAACAAUGAUGCCUGUGUCUCAGCUCUGGUCCUGCCUCUUCUUCCUCAUGUUGAUCUUCUUGGGACUGGACAGCCAGUUUGUCUGUGUGGAAAGCAUGGUGACAGCUAUUAUUGACAUGUUCCCAGGAGUGUUUCGGAAGAGAGGGCGUCGGGAGUUGCUGAUCCUGGCCAUUGCAGUCAUAGGCUACUUGCUGGGCUUAUUGCUGGUCACUGAGGGCGGCAUGUACAUCUUCCAGCUCUUUGACUACUAUGCUGCCAGUGGCACAUGCCUGCUCUUCCUGGCUAUUUUUGAAGUCAUCUGCAUAGGAUGGGUGUAUGGUGCCAACCGUUUUUAUGACAACAUUGAGGACAUGAUUGGUUACCGGCCGUGGCCCUUGAUCAAGAUAUGCUGGCUGGUGUUCACCCCAGGUCUGUGCUUGGGUGUCUUCCUGUUUUCCCUGAUCAAGUACACACCCUUGAAAUACAACAAUUCCUACAAGUACCCACCCUGGGGCUACAUGCUAGGCUGGCUGAUGGCACUCUCCUCCAUGGUCUGUAUUCCUCUCUAUGCCAUCUUCAUCCUCCUGAAAACCAAAGGACCCCUGAAACAGCGACUGAUGCAGCUGAUUUCCCCAGCGGAGGAUCUACCACAGCCAAAGAAGAAGCACGUGGCGAGGCCGUCCGAUCUGAGGUGUGAGGGAUGGUCUCCUCCAACCCAGGAGCUGCUCAGCAUCACAGAGAGAGAAACCCACUUCUAA